AUGUUCAGGAUUUUCAAUAGAAAAUCUCAUCGAUCUGAAGAAAUUAUGGAAUCAGCAGCUUCGUCCAUUACGGAGGAAACCUCCAUCAUAAAACAUGGUGACAUUGAAGAAAUAGAAAAGGAUGUUAUAUCACAGACAGAAACCCCUCAACUUGAGCAUUCUAAAUGGCAGAAUCCAGAUUAUUUUCAAAAUCAAUGGCAAGAAUACCUCUUCAUAUUCUCUUGUAUGAUGAGUCAACUGCUGAAUCAGGCGGCUACGCCGCAGACGUUAUCCAUUAUGAAUAUUAUUACAGAUUCUUUCAACUCAGAAGGUGGAAAGGAAACAUGGCUAAUUGCAUCAUUUCCCCUUGUAUCAGGCUCCUUCAUUUUAAUUAGUGGCAGAAUUGGUGACAUAUAUGGUUUAAAAAAAACUUUAGUUGGUGGUUAUAUCUUCUUUAUCAUUUGGUCGAUUAUCUCUGGUUUAACCAAAUAUUCACACAGCGAUACAUUUUUUAUUGUGAGUAGAGCAUUCCAAGGAUUAAGUAUUGCAUUCAUUUUGCCAAAUGUUAUGGGAAUAGUGGGUAACAUUUAUAAGCCUGAUAGCAAUAGAAAAAAUAUUGUUAUAAGUAUGAUUGGAGCUUCAGCACCUAUCGGCGCAUUUUUUGGGAGUCUCUUUGCUGGUUUGAUUGGAACAGAAGAUCCAGAUCAGUGGCCUUGGGCAUUUUAUGCUUUUGCAAUUGCAUCUGCUUUUAAUUUAGCCAUUUCUAUUUAUUCCAUACCGAAUAGUGUGCCAACAAACGUCCAUGGCUUUGCUAUGGAUUGGAUUGGUUCAGUCUUGGCAGUUAUUGGAUUGAUCUUAUUGAAUUUUGUAUGGAACCAAGGUCCCAUUGUUGGAUGGCAAACAGCGUAUAUUAUAGCUUUAUUGGUCGUAUCAGUGUUUUUUCUAGCAUUAUUCUUCACAUAUGAAGUAAAGUAUGCAGAAUCACCUUUAUUACCAGUUGAGGUCACGAAAAACCGUCAUAUUAUAAUGAUUCUUGCUGCCUUAUUUUUAGGCUGGGGAUCUUUCGGAAUCUUCUCCUUUUACUACUUCUCUUUCCUUCUGAAUUUAAGACAUUAUUCAGCUCUGUGGGCAGGUACCACAUAUUUUAUGUUCGCCAUAUGGGGAACCGUCGCUGCUGUGAUAGUUGGGGCCUUUAUUAAAAAAAUAUCCGCAGCUUUCAUUCUUUUCAUGUCUAUGGUUGCCUUUAAUAUUGGUAUCAUUAUGCUGAGUGUCACACCUGUUGAUCAAACUUAUUUCCGUAUGAAUUUGGGAACUAUGAUAAUCUUAAGUUUUGGAAUGGAUAUGUCAUUCCCUGCAGCUGCUAUUAUACUAAGUGAUGGUCUGACUAUGCAAUAUCAAGGUAUGGCAGGUUCACUAGCUAAUACUAUGGUGAAUUAUUCAAUGUCUUUGUGUCUUGGUAUGGGUACAACUGUUGAACGUCAAAUUAAUAAAUCUGGAAACGAUUUGCUAAAAGGCUACAGAGGUGCCGAAUACCUAGGUAUUGGUUUGGCCGGAUUGGGUAUUAUUAUAACGGCAAUUUAUCUAGGAGAGAUAUUAUGGGGUAAACGAAAACAGCACUUGGCAGCAAAUGUUGUCCCUGAUUUAAGUUGA